CAGGUUGGGGGUUGUGACUCACGUCUCGACGGCCAGUGGAGGCGCAAUGGCAGGGCAGACGAGGUUCCGAGCGGUGCUCCUCGCAGCGGUUCUGCUGGCCGCGAAUACGGCGUGUGGCCUUCCGCGUCUGGACCCUCGAAAUCAUAUCCAGGGACUCUUCGUAAAUAGCUCGGAAGACGUGGCUGAAGACUCGCCGUGCCCUCGCAUCGUCAGCCGCGAGGAGUGGGGCGCUCGGGACCCAUUGGUCCCUCACGACAACCUGACGAUCUCGCCAGUGCCAUACGUGGUGGUCCACCACGGCGGCAUGCAGGAGUACUGCUUCGACGAGGAGGCGUGUGCCGCCAUUGUACGCUCCUACCAGGACCUGCACAUGGACACCAACGGCUGGGACGACAUCGGAUACAACUUCCUGGUGGGCGAAGACGGCAACGCUUACGAGGGCCGAGGCUGGGACGCCAAGGGGGCCCACGCACCGGGCUACAACCAGCAAAGCAUCGGAAUCUGUGUCAUGGGAGACUUCUCAGAUCGGCUGCCAAACGAUGCGGCUAUGGAGACCCUGCAGAACAUGAUGGCCUGCGGCGUGUCCCAGGGUAAGAUCAGCGACUCGUACCUGGUGUUGGGCCACCGGCAGGUCAAGGCGACGCUGUGCCCCGGAGACCAGCUGUACGCUUGGGUGACGCAGCUGCCCAACUGGACGGAUGACCCUCAGCCCUGUGAAGACGAGGUGUGCCCCGAUCCGCCAGUUGGCUCCAGGCUGCGCACAAACCCACACUCCAGCCUGCUCAGCAGACGCUGAAGCUGCUGCAUCCUGUGUCGUCUGGGCCUUCAUGUAAGCAGCUGAAAACGGACUCCGUGCUUCGUCCGAAGUCGCUGAAGACCAUGUAGUAUAUCGACACUGCGCUAGUGUAAGGAGGAGUGAAUGCAUGUCUAUUCGCCAAAACUGGACAUUUUAAUUGUGGGUGACAUGGAAAAUAAAUACACUGCCCGCGACUAAGGUGUUUUAAUGAUCAUUGACGAGUCCCUUGCUCAGAACAGACAUUUUAGAUCCUGGAACAUCUCACUUCAUUUAAUAAUAUAAAUGCGACUAUGUGACUUAUAGAAAUUGUAGCAAAAGACUUUGUAUACUGCAAUAACGGCAGCUUACGUAAAUGUAUUGGGAGCGGAUCAUGCAAAUACGUGUAUCACAAGCAUGUAUUGUUGUCACAAUAAAUAAAUCAAUAUGGUUGACGGAUUA